AUGAGCUCAUCUCAGCCUCCGAGCCCAUCCCUUCAACUGCGCACAGAAAUAUCACGAAAUCACACUCUUGAGCACUCAGAAACCCCCAAAUUAGUCCCCUCCGACAAUGAGAGCGUAUACAAUGCUCUCCAACGAGCAGCAGAUGAAGAUGACAAAUCCUUCAUCGUUACAUAUGCUCGUGGCGAGUGGAAUCCGUCCGCGAUACCCGAAAUACCUCUCGGACUGCAUACGAUCCUGGGGUUAAGGUCCAGCAACACUGGCAGUCGAGACUCACCGACGGUUCCAGACGGAAGUCACGUCAGUCCUCCCGACCUUCUGGAAUCUGUAGAGGCAGUCUACAGAUCAUACUUGGAGGGCUAUAUCCAGUCUACUUCGGAAACUGCGAUCGAAGAGCUCUCACCAUUGCCAAGCAACAACCCUGGUCUUAUCGAGGAUGGUCUGAUCUUUCCGCGACGUCCGGCCGACCGGAGCUCGAUAGCCAGUGCAUCAAGCUCUGAGAACUUCUGCUCUCCGAUUAUGUCGCGUGAAGCCCUACGCAGAUUCGAAAGAGUUGGGUAUUUGGAAUCCCCCAUGCCACAAAAUGAAAUUGGGAGACGAGCUGCACUGAAUCGGUUUCGACCGUUCACUAAGGCUCUCGAAGACAAUUUGAACCGAAUCCUUCACCUCGCAAAGCUUGUGUUCUCCGUAGACAAUGCCGCCAUAUCAUUGGUCGACUCGGAUUAUACUCACGUGACGGUCCCGGACGCGGAUCCCAUACUUGUUCCACGAGGAGAGUCUAUGUGUAGUCACACUAUACUUGUCAAAAAAGCACAUGAACCAAUGGUGAUUAGAGAUACGCUGGAAGAUUGGAGAUUCAAGAAUAAUCCCACCGUCACAGGGGCUUGGGCUAUGCGUUUCUACGCCGGACAGCCACUACGAACAGAAGAUGGGUAUCAUAUUGGGACAAUAUGUCUAAUUCACAGCAGCCCAAGACCCGAUCUGAGCUCCACUGAGCGAGCUACUCUCUUGGAACUGGCUGGUAUGGUUCUUCGAGAGUUGGAAACACGGCGGAUAGAGUGGAAUGAACGAGUUCGAGAGAGAGUACAGGAAUCGGUUGAAAAUUUCUCGAGGGAACUUGAUACACAGGUUCUUUCCUUUCAUCAUCUCAUUGGUCGCCUCGCCCAGCAAUUUGCGUCCACUCUAUCCCUCGAGAAAGCGUUUUGGAUAGACGUAAGAAGCGCUCCCAAGAACGAAACUCCGCAUGGAGCGAUCGCCUCAAGAGGGGCCGUAAACCGACUCAAUACUCGAUCAGUCGUCCAAGAAAGACAAACAGAAAAUCCGGAGGAUAUCAUUAAUCAACUUCUUUCCGUCUCUAAUGGGGCCGUGUUCAAUCCCGGAGAUCGUAUUCCAGGAUGUUUCUCAAGAUUGCUUCGAAAGGAGGAUAGCGCCUUAGCAUUCUUUUUAUUAUCUCGAAGCGCCAAAGAACCGUUGGCUAUUGUUGUGGUUUCAACGUCGGACGAAUCCUAUCGUUUUACACUACCUCCACUCGUUCUUACUUACUUCCGAUCCAUGGGCGCUCUGGUUCUUCCUGCAAUUGAGAGGUUAUCUCUGUCCUUGGAAAACAAGGCAAAGAUUGAUUUCAUUGCCAACAUCUCACACGAGCUACGGACUCCAUUGCACGGGGUGUUAGCAUCUUGCGAACUGUUAAAGGAAUCGUCUCUCUCUGCUGGACAACUUGCUCUCCUGAAUACAGUUAAAUCCUGCACUCUGGGAUUAUCCGACACGCUAAAUCAUGUUCUUGACUUUACAAAGGUCAAUGCCCAGGUCUCAGUGGAAAUACGCGAUACGGUUGAUCUUGCGCAAUUAGUUGAAGAGACGAUGGUCACGUCGUGGCUGGGUGCGAGUGCCAAAUUUCGAUCUCAAAACGAGAUAGGCGAAAUCUACGCUCCAUCUCAUGCGCAAGACAAGGAAAAGGAUGUGGAACCUUUGAUCGAAAUUGAAGCACUGAAGAACUGGACGGUUUCUGUGGACAAAGCUGGACUACGGCGUAUAAUCCUAAAUUUGAUCGGCAAUAGCCUCAAGUUUACUGAGCAGGGAGGAUAUGUCAAGAUUGCGCUUCGAAAGACAAUGUCCGUCGAUGCCAACACCAUAAUGGUGAAUAUAAUAGUGGAAGACUCUGGCUGUGGCAUGUCGGAAACCUUCAUUCGCGAAAAGCUGUUCCAUCCAUUCAGCCAGGAGCGUCCCUUAAGUCAAGGUACCGGCCUUGGGUUAGCGUUGGUUCGAACAAUCUUGCGUUCGCCUGGAGUUGAUGGCACAAUCGAUGUCCACUCUAAAGUGGGCAUUGGAACUCGGAUGACGAUACGAUUAAAGCUUCCAGUCAUCAGUUCAACGGUCUCCAGCUGGAACCGUGUACCCAAGCCUGGUACAUUACCUCCCCUAGCAAUAUGCGGGUUCGAAGCUGGUUCUCCUGGUGUCGUUAUGGCUGCCAAAAACCUCCGCAAUCACCUGGAGGAGUGGUAUGGGACUAUUCCAGAGGUUGAUAUCUCACAGGCAGAACUAGUCAUCGUGGACCGUGAUCAUGUGGACAAGACGACCUUUUGCAUGACAAACACUGGGAAUCCCAAAUGCCUUGUACUUUGCUCUGCACCCGUCGACCCAACUGUCUUCCAGAGUGUGCGAGAGUAUAACGAGACGAGGAACUUUUGCCAGAUACUCAUCAAACCCUUUGGGCCACAUGCCCUUGCAGUAGCAAUGUCUGCCGCCCUUGACGCACCUUCACGCAAGCCGCAGGGGGAACUCAAACCCAGCCUCUUUCCGACAACAGCCGCCGUUGUUCCGGCGUCCGAUACGAUACAGAAAGCGCCGACGCCACACACAGGCGUAGAGACUGGAUUGAAGAGUCUCAAGAAUCUACGCAUCCUUGUUGUGGAGGAUAACCCGGUUAAUCUCAACGUCAUAUCCACCUUUUUGCGAAGACGAGGGUGCUAUUUCGUAACAGCACAUGAUGGAGUCGAGAGCAUCGAGCAAUUCGAACAACAUCGCGACGACCCGUUCCAUGUGGUUCUUAUGGAUAUACAAAUGCCGAGAAUGGAUGGAGUCGAGGCCACUUUCAAGAUUCGAGCACUGGAAAACUUGGAACAGCAAACAAGCCGAAGGCUCAAGAUAUACGCAUUGACAGGUCAAGCAUCACCUCGGGAUAAGCAAAUGGCGACAGAGGCUGGUUUCGACGGAUACCUCGUCAAGCCUUUCUCGUUCCAGAAUCUGGAAGGAAUACUGCAAGCCUGCCUAACGGAGCUGUCUCACUAA